AUGGCGACCCUGCCGAGCAGAAGGACCGUGAGUUACGGUCGAGAAAGCUCAUUGCAAACGAUCAUCGUCACACCUCUUGAAUCUUGCGAGGAUGGCUACUGGGUAAUCUACAUCCACGGCGGUGCCUGGCGCGAUCCAACAAUUACAGCAGAAAGCAUCGAGCCCACUCAAUCGAUCCUCCGCGCCUCACCAGGCCUCCCCAUUGCAGGCUUCGCCUCGAUCGAGUACCGGCUCAGCCCGCAUCCGAAUCAUCCCCAAGACAAGGCGACCACGACACCAAAAGAAUACCGUGGCGCAAUGCACCCAGAUCAUAUCCGAGACGUGGAAGCCGCACUGGCAUUUCUGCAGAAUACCUAUGGCUUCGGCCAACGGUAUAUCCUCGUUGGCCACAGCUGCGGCGCGACACUGGCUUUCCAGGCUGUCAUGGGGGCGGUAGCAGGACAUCGGGAACAAUGGUUUAAUGGAGACGCCAGCGACCCCGACGCGGUCGCCGAGCCAAUCUCUUCGUCUCCCCUUCCGCUUCCACCGCGAUUGACGGCGCAUCCUACGGCGAUUGUGGGCGUUGCGGGUAUCUAUGAUCUGCGGCGGAUAGUCGACACACAUUCGGACAUCUCCGAGUACCGCAAGUUCGUGGAAGGCGCGUUUGGUGCGGACCGGCUGCUCUGGGAUUCGGUGUCGCCAGCGCAGAUGAUUGGCUCGCGUGGCGUGGAGGGCGGGUGGAAGGCUGGAAGGCUGGUUGUCCUAGCGCAUUCUAUGGAUGACGAGCUUGUUGACCAGGGCCAGCAUGAGGUUAUGCAGGAAGCCCUUCGUGAAUGGGAAGCGGCUAAGGCACAGGUGCCGAAGCAGGAGCUAACAGCCAAUGACCGCCGUGUGCAUGUUUUGCCUAUUACCGGGGGACAUGAUGAGGCCUGGAUCAAAGGUGAGGAGCUUGCUCGUGCGGUCAAGUUCGCUUUUGUGGAGCUGCAGAAGAUGCGGUUGGCGCCUGAAUGGGAGUAG